GGAGGCUAAAGGCGAACUUUGUGCGGAAAAAAAAAGUUGGACUGUCCCUUUCGGGCAGAGCAGGGACAAGGUAGGGAGCGGCUCCACUCAAGGAACUUUGACUGACUUUCUCCUCCCAGCCCCAGCUACCGAUCACUGGGGAGAUUUUUUUUGGGGGGGGAGAGAAGGAAAAGGGGGAAAAAAGAACCCUGAAGAGAAAUGGGCCGAAGAGUGUCGCUGCUUCAUUGGCGGCUCCUCAUCCAAGUUCUUGUCUUCUGCUUUUCUAUUAUACAUGCAUCAAAGGUUUUAGAUGAAGUUCCAAUCCCAGAGGACUCUGAGCUGGACCAGAGUCACCUUCGACGGCGGAGGUUCCCCUUGGAAUCAGAUGAUGAGGACUUUGUAACAUCAGCUGAGGGGAGCGCUGACUUUGAAGAAGGUAGCACACCAGUCACAGUUGAAACUGAACAUACACCUGUAACCCCAACAGAGAUCCCAAAGGAAAAAACAAUAUACUAUCGUGUGCUGGUGAACUUCACUACUUCUAUUGAGUACAGUCCACAGUUGGAGGACUUUGAUUCUGAAACAUUCAGAGAAGUAUCAGAAGGAAUCAUCGACACACUUGAGUCUGAAUUUUAUCGGAUCCCAGGAGAGCAGUCAGUCACUGUGGUAUGGAUCAAACAACAGGACCAAAAUGUGAUUGUCGAGUUGGAUGUGGGAUCCGAUGGAAACAGCAAUGAUGAGGAGAUACGAGAAGUGGUUUACUCAGUCGUGAGGAGUGGAUCAAUCGGGCCUUAUGAAACAUCAGUUAAAGGCUUCAAAUUCCGGCAUCUAGGAGAAGAUGUGAUCCCUGCAGUUCGUCAGUGCCAUCCCAAUGAAUUCUCCUGUGGGUCUGGCGAGUGUGUUCCUCUUGAGUAUCGCUGUGACUUCAGGGCUGAUUGCAAGGACAUGUCUGAUGAAGAUGACUGUGCAAAGACAGUCACAACAGUUCCCCCGCCUCCAACUUUGAAAGUUGACAGGAGAGUCCAAACAACCACACCAGUUGUUUUUGUGACACCCAAACCAGAGAGACGAACACCAAGGCCACUUGUUACUGCAGCACCCCCUGUCCCCACUCCAGAUUUUCUAAGGCCCUGCCCAGUAGACAAGGCCGUAUGUCAGAAUGGGCAGUGUAUCCCUAGAGAUUAUCUGUGUGAUGGAGAAAGGGAUUGCACAGAUGGAAGUGAUGAGCUGGACUGUGGAGCACCAUCACCAUGUGAGCCCAAUGAGUUCAAGUGCAAGAAUGGGCGCUGUGCGCUGAAGCUGUGGCGCUGCGAUGGGGACAAUGAUUGUAUGGACAACUCCGAUGAAGAGUAUUGUCCUACCAAAGGGCCGGGCGAUAUGUGUGCCCCUGAGCAAUUUGUCUGUGUUUCAACAAGACAGUGUAUCCCAGCAAGUUACCAGUGCGAUGAGGAAGCUGAUUGCCCUGAUCGAUCAGAUGAAUUUGGAUGCACUCCUCCUCAAGUGAUCACACCACCAGAAGAAACAGUCCUGGUGAAACGGGGUGGUACAGUGACACUAACAUGUGUGGCAGCGGGAGUUCCAACUCCCAUCAUUACCUGGAGAUUGAACUGGGGUCAUAUCCCUCUUUCUGGCAGAGUUACCAUGACUAGUCAGAAUGGCCAGGGGACAUUGAUCAUUAGGGACGUCAAGGAGUCUGAUCAAGGAGCUUACACGUGCGAAGCCAUCAAUGCCAAAGGAAUGAUCUUUGCAAUCCCUGAUGCACUGCUGAUUUUGAAAUCCAACCCAGGAGUUUGCUCUGAAGGUCAUUUCAAUGUGGAGGGUAGUCUGCGAUGUGUUCCUUGUUUCUGCUUUGGUGUUACUAGAAACUGUGAAUCUACAAACCGCUAUAGAAACCAGAUACAUCUGCGCUUCACUGAGGAAAACAACUUUAUGGGUGUGAAUGUGACUGCACCAGCUCAGCCUGUGACACCUCCUGUCUCAACCUCUCAGAUGAUCGUGGACCCUGACUCAGGGGAAUUCCAGUUGGUUGAUCUGUCAAGACGGUUCCUCAGCCAUGAUUCCUUCUGGACUCUUCCGAGACAAUUUCUGGGGGAUAAGGUUGAUUCAUACGGAGGGUCCUUGCGCUACAAGAUUCGCUACAGCGUGGCAAGAGGGCCGUCAGAGCCAGAGGAAAAGGCAGAUGUGAUUAUAACAGGAAAUGGAAGAAAACUGAUCUACAGAACGAGGACCUCUACCCAGCCUGAUGUUAUCAACCGGAAAGAGAUCCUGUUUACUGAGGAGAACUGGCAGCACGAGUCAGGCAUCCCUGUGACACGUGAAGACCUAAUGAUGACAUUGGCUAAUCUCGACAAGAUAAUGAUCCGAACAAAGUACGACAACAGAAUGUCCAGCGUUGGUCUCAGUGACGUUGUCAUGGAUACAACCAGUAUGGAAUUUACAACUCUGGGAAAACCGAAGCUUGUUGAGCAAUGCAGAUGCCCACUAAGUUACAAGGGUCUGUCUUGUGAAAGCUGUGCCCCUGGAUUUAAGCGCGUUUUGACUGGGCCUUACCUGGGUGUAUGUGAUGGGUGUAACUGCAAUGGCCACGCUAGCAGCUGUGAUAAAGUCACAGGACACUGUCUGAGUUGUCAACACAACACGGAAGGUCGACAUUGUGACAAGUGCAAGCCUGGAUAUUUUGGUGACCCCACUCAAGGAACUGCCAAUGACUGCAUGCCAUGCCCAUGUCCGUUUACUGAUUCCCAGAGAAGAUUUUCGGAAACCUGUUUCCUGGAUACUGAUAGGCGCCCUACCUGUGAUGCUUGUAGAGCUGGCUACACUGGACGCAGAUGUGAAACUUGUGCUGCUGGUUAUGAAGGAAACCCAAUGUCUCCAGGUGGAAAGUGUACACCACAUGCUGGAUAUAUUUCAAAUUGUGACAGCAGAGGAACAGAAUCUGCAGAAUCAUAUGCAGGAUCCUGUGUCUGUAAGGCUAAUGUCGUUGGAAGAGUCUGUAAUCAGUGCGCGCCAGGGUCCUUCAAUUUGGACGAUGCCAACUUGAAUGGCUGUUUGAAAUGUUUCUGCAUGGGAAUCAGCAAAGAGUGUGCCAGUUCAUCUUGGCACCGAGACCAGGUCCGAGCACUCUCUGGUGAGCAAGAGAGGAGCCUUUACAUGCUAACAAACAUGGCACACACUCAGAGGAUCACUGAAGGCAUUAAAAUCAGUGCAUUGAGCGAACUGACUUUUGCAAACUUUGAUGCAGUCCCUCGAGAUGUCUACUACUGGGUGCUACCUGAUCGGUUCAAAGGUGAUAAGGUUACUUCUUAUGGCGGGGAAUUGCGUUACACGAUCCUGCACAGUGUCUCCCCAGACUCUUUGCCAGUCACUGGGAUGCCAGACGUUAUUCUACAAGGCAACAAUAUCUUCCUGGAGCACUACACGGCUAGGAAGCCACAAGCUGGCAUUCCCUCAACUUUCUCUGUUCCUUUCAAAGAAACUGCAUGGCGACGGGCUGAUGGCCAGCCUGCUACCAGGGAGCAUCUCCUGAUGGCUUUGGCCAAUAUUGAUGUUGUGAUGAUCCGAGCAAGUUAUACUGAAAGGAUGACUGAAAGCAGAAUAUCCCAAAUCCAGAUGGAUGUAGCUGUCCCACAUCCCACUGGACAGGAACAGGCAGUUGAAGUGGAGGAAUGUAUUUGCCCAGAAGGAUACAAGGGAUCGUCCUGUCAGGAAUGUGCUUUUGGCUACACACGCACAACGAGUGGGUUAUACCUGGGAAUGUGUGAGCGCUGUGAUUGCAACGGACACUCUGAAUGUGAUGCAGACACUGGGCAAUGCUUGAAUUGCCUUCACAACACCGGGGGCCUCCGAUGUGAACAAUGUGAGUCUGGUUUCUAUGGCAAUGCCAGAGGUGGAACUUCAAAUGACUGUAAGCCUUGCCCUUGUCCAGGCUCCACUCCCUCAAAUCAGUUCUCCUUGACUUGUUUCCUGGAUUCAGAUGGACAGGCAACUUGUGAUCGUUGCCCCAGUGGUUACGAAGGCAGGAACUGUGAAAGAUGUGCACCAGGCUACACUGGAAAUCCAAUACAUGGACAACGUUGCACGACUGACUGUACGUGUGACUGGAGAGGGAGUGCUGGAGGCCAGUGUGAUGCCAAUGGGCAAUGCCAAUGCAAGCCUAAUGUGCAAGGCUGGACCUGUGACACUUGCAGACCUGGCUACUUCUACCUGAGUGCAGAGAGCAAAGAGGGCUGCCUGCCUUGUUUCUGUAUGGGUGUGACACAGCAAUGCAGCAGCUCCUCAUACUACCGGAAACGGAUUUCAAGUCCAUUUGUUCCACCAAACAACUUUCAGAACUUCUCCCUGGUGAAUCGUCAGCGCACCACACGCAUCACCUCGGGAUUUACAGUGACAGUGAGAGACAGGGAGCCACAGCUAUCGUUUGGGCGAUUUGGGCAGUACACCCAGGAAUCCUACUAUUGGCAACUUCCAGAGGUGUUUCAGGGUGACAAGGUGACUUCCUACGGUGGACUUCUUCGGUACACACUCUCCUACGAUGCAGGUUACCGGGGUUCCUCAGUACCAGAUGCUGAUGUACAGAUCAUUGGCAAUGACAUUACCUUAGUGACCUACCACCAUCACCCACUUCAACCAAGAGAGAUACAGUCCUUUGAGAUCAUGUUCAAGGAGCAAUUUUGGAAGCGCCCAGAUGGUCAGCAAGCCACUCGGGAACAUCUCUUGAUGGUCCUUGCUGACUUGGAUGAGGUCCUCAUCCGUGCCACCUACUCGACCGACAUGAUCUCUGCCAGCCUGUCUGAUAUGAGCAUGGAAAUCGCAGUGCCAUAUUACACUGACCUGACACAGGCUCUGCAAGUGGAAGAAUGUCGUUGUCCCCCAGGAUACCAUGGACUGUCCUGCCAGGACUGCGCUCCUGGUUACACGAGGACUGGAGGAGGCCUGUACCUCGGAGAUUGCAAAUUAUGUGAAUGUAAUGGACACUCUGGCUCCUGCCACCCAGAGACUGGCGUUUGCUCGAACUGUUUACAUAACACGGCUGGGGAGUUCUGUGAUCAGUGUGCUCCUGGUUAUUAUGGAGAUGCCACUGCGGGUACAGCAGCAGACUGCCAACCUUGUGCCUGCCCAUUGACAAUUCAAGAGAACCAGUUUUCUCCUACCUGUGAAAGUAACGAAGUUGGUGGGUACAGGUGUACAGCAUGUCUCCCUGGCUACACAGGCCAGUACUGUGAGCGCUGUUCCCCGGGGUAUUCUGGCAGCCCAAGAAUUCCAGGACAGAGGUGUUAUCCAGUCGAUCGCAAUCCUUUCCUGGUUACUGUUAUCCCUCGGAGAACAACAGUGGAACAAGGCAGCAAUGUGAUUCUCAAGUGCCAGGUUAUUGGUCAGGCUCCAUUUUACUACUACUGGAGCAGAGCUGACGGUCGUCCUCUAUCCAGCCGCGUUCAACAGAGGGAACAAGGUGAAGAGCUGGUGAUUCGAGAAAUUAAAUCAUCUGAUGCUGGAAUUUACGUGUGUACUUGUCGGAAUAUGCAAAGCACCAAUUCAAGUCAGUCUGAAAUCAUAGUUACUGUCCCCUCUUUCAAAGCCAUAACCGUGACUGUGGAAGAACCGAGACGACAGACAGUGAGAUCUGGUGUCACUGUUAAUUUUAUCUGCACAGCAAAGAGUCAGUCUCCAGCAUAUACAUUGGUGUGGACCCGACAGCUCGGAGGUAAACUGCCAAGCACCGCAGUGGACUUUAAUGGAAUCUUGACCAUCCGCAAUGUUCGCCCAGAGGACGCUGGUAUCUACGUCUGCACGGGCUCCAACAUGUUUGCCAUGGACGAGGGGACAGCAGAGUUACAUGUACCAGCUACAUCCCAGCUCCAUUUUCAGUCACUUGAAAUGCUAGAAGGAAACAAGCAAUCAGCAGCACCUGUAGCAACAGUUGAGCCUCCCAUCCUAACAGUCAAGCAGGGACAGACCGCAGAAUUCCGAUGCUCUGCAACCGGCAAUCCACCGCCAACUCUGGAAUGGUUUGGGGGCCAAGGUAAUAUUAUAUCACCAAAUGCAGUCAUUCAGGGCGGACUUCUACGGAUUGUUGCUGUGGAGCAUUCAGAUGAAGCAGAGUACUCCUGCAAAGCUUCAAACAAUGCUGGAUAUCACAUUGCCACAUCCAUUCUCUAUGUACAGAGUAGUGGUAACCUGCCACAGGUACAGGUCAGUCCACAGCGGAUAGAGGUACCAGAGGGUGAUACUGUUAGUUUGUACUGUCGAGCUGGAGGGCAACCGUCACCAACGCUGGUUUGGAAGAAAUAUGGAGGAGAGCUCCCACCACAGGCCAAAGUUGAACGAACAGAUAUUGGCACACUUAUUAUCCCUUCAAUCAUUAUAUCCCAAGCUGGUGUCUACCUGUGCGUGGGAACCAAUGCUGCUGGCUCCUCAGAAGGUCGCAUUGAAGUCUCAGUGUUAACCUCAGAAGGAUCGGUACCAGUAAUCCGAAUUCAUCCCUCCCCUGCCUCAGUAACGGAGGGAAACAUACUUGAAUUGUAUUGUCAUGUGACGGGGGAUCCUCGACCCAAGAUCACAUGGCGCAAGAGAAGUGGCUACCUAAUAUCUAAUCACCAGGUGCAAGGCCCAGUGUUACGCAUUCGACAGGCCACUCGUGCUGAUGCUGGGGAUUAUAUCUGUCACGCUGAAAACAGUCUUGGAAUGCAAGAAGUUUCAGUCUCUGUGUCAGUCAGCUCCAGAGAUUUCCCCCCGAGAACUGCCCCAACAGUACGGGUUCACCCUUCACGUACCUCAGUAGGUGAAGGAGAGAUGCUGGAGUUACACUGCCAGGUCACAGGGUACCCUCAACCCAGGAUCACUUGGUACAAAGUCGCUGGCACUCUCUCAGCCAAUCACCAGGUACAGGGCCCUGUGCUGCGCAUCCUUCACAUGACUCCUUCUGACAUCGGGGAUUACAUCUGCCGUGCAGAAAAUGAAGUUGGAACACGAGAGGUCAAGUUCUCUGUAUCGGUCACUUCAUCCAAUCAAGGAACGGCCCCCACAGUGAUGGUUCACCCUUCCCCCACCUCAGUAAGGGAGGGGGAAAUGCUGGAGUUAUACUGCCAGGUCACAGGUCAACCAGAACCCAGGAUCACAUGGCACAGGGCGGCUGGCUCUCUAACAUCCAAUCACCAGGUCCAGGGCCGAGUGCUACGCAUCCUUCGUAUGAGUUCAAUUGAUGUCGGUGAUUACAUCUGCCGCGCAGACAAUGUCCAUGGAACACAGGAGGUCAAAUUCUCCGUCUCAGUGCUUCCUUCCACAUAUCAAGGAACGGCCCCCACAGUGAUGGUUCACCCCUCCCCCACCUCAGUAAGAGAGGGGGAAAUGCUGGAGUUACGCUGCCAGGUCACAGGUCAACCAGAACCCAGGAUCACAUGGCACAGGGCGGCUGGCUCUCUAACAGCCAAUCACCAGGUACAGGGCCGUGUGCUACGCAUCCUUCGUAUGAGUUCAGCUGAUGUCGGUGAUUACAUCUGCCGCGCAGACAAUGUCCACGGAACACAGGAGGUCAAAUUCUCCGUCUCAGUGCUUCUUUCCACCUCAAGAAAUGCCCCCACUGUGCUGGUUCAGCCAGCCCCCACAACAGUGAGGGAGGGGGAAAUGGUGCAAUUACACUGUCAGGUCACAGGUCAACCACAGCCCAGGAUCACAUGGUACAGGGCAGCCGGCUCUCUAACAACCAAUCACCAGGUACAUGGCCGUGUGCUACGCAUCCUUCGUGUGAGUCCAGCUGAUGUCGGUGAUUACAUCUGCCGUGCGGCAAACAUCUAUGGAAUGCGCGAGGUCAAAUUCUCCGUCUCAGUCACUCCUUCCACCACACGAGGCACUGCCCCGACGGUCAGGAUUAACCCUUCUUCUACCUCUGUCAGUGAGGGAGAAAUGCUGGAGUUACACUGCCAGGUCACAGGUCAGCCCGAACCCAGGGUUACGUGGCACAAAGCAACAGGGUCACUGACAGCCAAUCACCAGGUUCAGGGCAGUGUUCUACGUAUCCUUCGUGUGAAUCCCAAUGACACCGGGGAUUACAUCUGCCACGCGGAAAACGUUGCCGGAACACGGGAGGUCGCAUUCUCCCUCUCAUUCUCUUCACCUCCGUUCACACGUGAAGGUGCACCAAUCGUGCGAGUUCAACCCCGCCCCAUCUCAGUAACCGAGGGGCAAAUGUUGGAGUUACACUGCCAGGUCACAGGUCAACCUGAACCCAUGAUCACAUGGUACAAGGCAGAUGGUUAUCUAACGGACAAUCACCAGGCAGAAGGCCCUGUGCUGAGAAUCCUGCAGGUGACUCAUGCUGACGAUGGCGAUUAUAUCUGCCGUGCAGAAAACAAGUUCGGAAUGCAACAACUUAAAUUCUCGGUCUCGGUUACCUCCACAGCAACCAGGGCACUGAUACCAAUUAUAAAUACUGGGCCACAAGAUGUUACUGUCAUUGAGGGUGGUGAUGCUUCCUUCAGCUGUCGAGUUGUUGAUGGAGCUCAACCAUUCAGUAUCGAGUGGAAAACACCUAAUGAACCAUUACAAGCCAAUGUGAAGAUCAGUGGUGAUGGCUCUGUGAUUAAAAUUACAAGAGCUCGUCAACGUGACCAAGGCCAGUACAAAUGUGUGGCUCGAAAUCAGUUUGGAUCUGCAUUCAGCAUAAUGACUCUGAUUGUACAAGGGCCUCCAACGGUUUCCAUCUCCCCCAGGGGCCCAGUCAGGCUGGGUGUGGGUGAUUCUGUUACACUGGAAUGUAUAGGCAUGGGUGAACCUCGGCCGACAAUCAGCUGGCGUCGGGUCAAUGGCAGGCAAAGGAGCAACCUGCCGAGGGAAGGCAAUCCCAUCCUAACGAUUUCUUCAGCUCGUCUGCAGGAUUCUGGGACCUACUCCUGCGUCUCCUCAAAUAUAUUUGGCACGGUUGAUGCUCAGGUGGAGGUGAUAGUCGAGCGAUCAGCCUCCAGAGCCCAGGCUCCUCAGGUCACUGCUGAACAGCCAUCGUUAACUGUCACAGCAGGACAAAUUGCUACCCUGCACUGCUCAGCUACUGGUUACCCAACUCCGAUUAUUCAGUGGUCUAAAUUGCGAGCCCCAUUGCCAUGGCAGCACAGGAUUGCCAAUGGAUCUUUGGUUAUUCCUAACGUAGGACUGCAGGAUUCCGGACAGUACAUCUGCAAUGCCUCCAAUUCCGCUGGAUUCAAUGAGUUGUUCAUAACACUGGAUGUAGAAACUGCACCGUAUGCCACCUUUGACCAAGAGGUUGUCACUGUAAGGGUCGGUGAGAUCAUCCGAUUACACUGUCUGUCCCAAGGAACUCCCCCAAUAACGUAUGAAUGGUCCAAGUUGAAUGGAAGUUUGCCGAGCAGGGCGGUGAUGCGCAAUGGGUUCCUGCAAAUCAACCUUGCCGUUGUAUCGGACUCAGGAAAGUACCGCUGUCUCGUGAAGAACAAAGUUGGUCAAAGUGAUGCAAUUUCAACAGUGCAUGUGAAAUCUCCACCAGCAGUGAAAGUAUCGCCGCAAAUUGAGGUACGCAAUAUUGGUGGCACAGUAGAAUUCACCUGCGCAGCUACUGGUCACCCAGAACCCAAGAUUCAGUGGUUUAAGGAGCAAGGACAAUUCCAAUCAAAUCAUAAAAUCGAUAAAGGAGUCUUGAGAAUAGAGAAUAUACAAGAAGGAGAUGAAGGAGUUUAUAUCUGCAGAGCAUCAAACCCAUUUGGACGAGUGCAGGACAGUGCCAAACUUGUCAUCCAAGCCUUGCCAAUUGUCAUGAUCAACGUGAGGGCGUCCAUGCAGAUGGUAAUGGUGGGUGGGUCGGUAGAAUUCGAGUGCCAGGCUAUCGGGGAUCCCCAGCCUUCUAUUCGAUGGAGUAAAGUGGAUGGAAGGCUCUCUCCUGAAGUUAUCCUCAAGAAUGGAAUGCUGAAAAUUGAUCAUGUGAAAGAGUCUGAUGCAGGGCGUUACCGAUGCACUGCCACCAAUGAAGCAGGGUCCGUCAAGUCUGAGGUGGUCCUAUACGUGCAGUCUGUUCCCAUGAUUGUUCCUCAGCCAGAACUCAAAGAAGUAACAAUUGGAUCCAAGGCUGUGUUUCCAUGUCUAGCCUCUGGAUACCCAGAGCCAGAGAUCACCUGGCAUAAGCUGGAGGGCGAUCUUCCACCUGGAGCCUUUGUCGAGAACAAUGUAUUGACCAUACCAUCAGCUACUACCGAACACACUGGAACAUAUGUUUGUACAGCCACAAACGAACAGGGAGCGGAGACAGCGUACGCCAUGUUGAAAGUCCGAGAACGCAAGAUCCCAUAUUUCACACAGGACCCCAUCUCCUACAUUGCGUUGCCCACUAUAAAGGAUGCCUACCAUGAAUUUGAAAUCAGCAUAACAUUCCGCCCAGAUGCAGCUGAUGCUCUCUUACUGUACUCUGGUAUGAUUAUUUACAAUGGCCAGGAGAAGACAACAGGAGCAGACUUUAUCUCAUUCGCAUUAGUCGGAGGACGCCCUGAAUUCAGGUUCGAUGUGGGUUCUGGCAUGGCCACCAUCCGUCACCCUAACCCCAUUUCUCUGGGAGAAUAUCACAAUGUAGUGUUAUAUCGGAACUUGACUCAGGGCUCGAUGUUUGUAGACAACGAUCCUCCUGUCAAUGGGAGUUCUCAGGGAAACUUCCGAGGUCUGGAUUUAAAUGAAGAGCUUUAUGUUGGCGGUUACCCCCAUUUUGAAAACAUUUCAAAAGUCACUGGAAGCAACAGCGGGUUUAUGGGCUGCAUUCGCCAACUUGUAAUUCAGGGUGAUGAGGUGAUCUUCUCCACUCCAGAUCUGAAAGCUAGAGGAAUAUCUGACUGCCCAACCUGCAAAGACAAUCCUUGCAAGAAUGGAGGUCAAUGUGUUGACUCUGAGACUGGCAGUUAUACAUGUCAUUGUAGGAGGGGAUAUACCGGGAGCAACUGUGAACAUUCACUAGCUCUACACUGUCACCCAGAGGCCUGUGGGCUGGACGCUACUUGUGUGAAUUUACCAGAUGGCCUUGGGUAUAACUGUCGAUGCCACCUGGGAAAACGAGGGCCGAAAUGUAUGGAUGGUGUCUUAAUUACAGCUCCUUCCUUCAGGGGAGGGCACUCUUUUGUGGCAUAUCCACCCCUGACCAACGUUCACAAUGAGCUGACCAUCGAGCUAGAGUUUAAGCCUCACUCACCAAACGGCCUGAUGUUCUACAGCAGUGGACAAAGGAUGAAAAUGAAUGACUUCAUCUCGGUCGCCAUGUUGAAUGGACAUUUGGAGUUCCGAUACGACCUGGGCUCAGGACUUGCUGUUCUGCAGAGUGUGAAACCGGUGGCUCUCAACAAAUGGCACAGACUGAAAGCGCAUAGACACAACAAGGAUGGUUUGCUGAAAAUAGAUGAUGAGAAAGAGAUCAGAAGAGUCUCUCCAGGCAAAAGCCAAGGUUUGAACCUUCGCAGCCCCAUGUACCUUGGAGGUGUGCCCAGUUCAGAGAUUCUCCCCAAAGCAGUAAACAUCACAGAAGGGAUUGAAGGCUGUAUCACUGAGGUUUCCAUUAAUGGGAAGAAGGUGGAUCUCUCCUACACCUUUACAGACAGUCUGAAUGUGGAUCAGUGUGGUGACAGCUCACCGUGUGACCGUGGUCCUUGCCUGCAUGGUGGAACGUGUAGAGUAACUGGAGAGUAUGAAUACCAAUGCAUCUGUGCAAAUCAGUAUCAGGGUGAGAAUUGUGAAAUUCCAUGGGACAUCUGUUUGCAGGGAAACCCUUGUAUGAACGGUGGGACUUGUGAGAAGAAUCAGUGCUGGUGUCCGAUGGGGUAUACUGGAUCAUACUGUGAGCUAGACUCUCCUGUGCAAUAUGGAGCCUUCUUCCAUGAUGGUGGAUACAUUGUGUUGCCAAAACAGAUGUUCCCAAGGAGUUCUCCAACUGCCCCUGAAACCAUUGAAAUGGAGGUUCGUACAACAUCACGUGAUGGUGUCCUGCUGUGGCAGGGAGUGAAACAGGGAGAAAAUGGAAAAGGAAAAGACUUUGUUGCUCUUGGACUCCAAAACGGUCACGUGCUCUUUAGUUACCAACUGGGAAGUGGUGAAGCCAAUAUCCCCUCAGAAGAUCCAAUCAAUGAUGGAGAAUGGCAUAAAAUAAUUGCUGUGCGGGAAGGAAAAUCAGGAUAUAUCCAACUGGAUGGUGAUGGUAUUGUGAGGGGAGAAUCCAAAGGAGAUAAGGUCAUGGUAAACACGAGGGGAAGUGUCUACUUGGGUGGUGCCCCAGAUGUUAAACAUUUUACAGGGAGUAAAUUCACCUCCGGAAUUACCGGCUGCAUCAGGAAGGUGGUCCUUGUAAAUAAAAGACCGGACCAACAUCAGGUUCAACCAGUCGAUCUGCGAGUUCACGCUGAGGGAGGGGUCAAUGCUCGAGAAUGUCCAUCAUAGGCAUUCGGACUCACUAAAGGCAAAGUAGAGACUUCUGGGAAAGGUGCUUUGCUGCUAUUAAAUUGGAUUGUUUUGUGUUCUUUAAUGCAGUCCUCUUUAACCAAAAACAAAUCAUCACAAUGUCAGCCCAUUGUAUUCCGUUGAAUGAAGGGUUUUAGCAACUCAGCUUGAUUUAUUUUGUAUCUACAAGAGCCAUUCAAGAACACCAGCAUUAUCCUGAGGCAGAAGAUCCUAUGGACUUAGAUUUCUCUAGCACUGAAGUUUGGGAUAAUAGUGAAGAGGAAACAGUUGGUAACCAAUCUUCCACCUUUGCCUCUGAAUUUUAGUACUGACUCUGACCUGGCUGGUGUUGACUUGAAAUGAACUAGGCCAGUUCAGUCAUCACUCAUUUUAUUAAAACAAAGGUUCACAAGCUGCAUACCUGAAGUACUGAAAUAUCAGAGGGUUGGCGACUGUAGAAGUUCUAUAAUUGUACAAAAUAUACAGAGAUCUGAAUUGGUACCAGUGUAGAAAAUGUCAAGGAUUUAUAACAACUUUACUUCUGUCUAUUGAAUUAUCAGGCAUUUUCUGUGAACAGACACUGUUAGCUUUCCAAUUAAUCAGCAUGUGCUGAAGUCCAGAGAGAUGAUUAAACCUACUCCUGAAUGUAUACCCUAUGUAUUGGCAUAAAAUGCCACAUCAUCAAACACUAGAAAUGUGCAGGUCAGGAUACAUACUCCCAAAGGUGGCCAUUGAAUAUAUAAGAUUCACCGUGAGGGUUUGACAUCCUAGGGUUAGGUGACCAGAAAUCAGUAAUGUCAAAGCACAUUUAGGGACAAAGUUGUUCUGAAAGCUCACUUUGUUAGUAGUGUAGUAGUAUAGUGCUGGCCUAGCAAUCCCAGGGAUUGAGAGUUCAAAACUCAACAGGAAACAUUGAAUUUGGGCUGAUGAAAACUAUCAAUACCUGUCUCCAGACCCUUAUUUCAUUCUUAAUGCUGUCAGUGUAACUAGAGAUGUACAAUAAAAGCCAACCUUUUUCAGAGUACUCACAUCCUCAAAAUAAUAUAUUUUUAAUACAAAACUUAAUCCCACUUUGCUUCAUAUGCCUUUUACAAAAAUGCAUCUAUUCAAGAUAGUUGUAUCUUGAAGUCGAGGAGUUCACCAAGAGCCAGACUUUUAAAACAAUGGACUAUUAGAGGGCACAGUCUUCAGGAUAAAAUUUUCAUUACCUCAUCAAUGUUUGUAAAUCCUCAGUUCAUUAACAAUGAGUUGGAUGUUAUGAAAGGUUGGACAUGAGACUGUUCUGACUGUGUACUUCCCAGGUGCGAGGAAGUCAGUGAUGCUCCCGAGAAGGCAGUGCCCUUUUACCUUAUGAACAAGGCCUUGGUCAAUGUCUAUAUUGUUUUUCAGUUUGUUGGCUCCUUUCAUUUGACAGAUUAGCCACUUCACAAAAAUGAAUCUGAUGAAUCUCUCUGUUCUUGUACUGUGCUGGCCUGCUGAUGUAAAUCCACCUGAAGAUGUUGAGAUUUUCUUAAUCCCCCAAUGUGCUGACCCUAUCAAUUGCCUUAAGGAUUUGAAUAUUUUUUAAACAGUAUAAAAGUCUAGGAAGUUGAGUUAAAUUUGGCAUCCAACUUCUAACUAAAGAGCUCUCUUGGAACUGUUGAUAAUGCAGUAACGGGCAUUACUGGAAUACCAAGGGAGCAGGUAAACAUUACAGAAAGAAGUAAGCACACAAAUUAGACAAUGAGGUGCAAAUGCAUCAAUCUCUGGUACCAACAACAUAUCCUUGCUCCAUUCGUGGGGCUUUAGGUUCAGGUUCCAACAUCCAUACUUAAUGUUUAAUGAAGGAUUGAUAUUUCACUUUGAAGGUUAAACUAUUCUUUGCAAUUGCAGACCUUUGAGUAUUAUUCAGAAUUGAUGUAUUCAUUGAGAGCCAUCUUGUGAACCUUUUAUGAAAAAAAAAUUGCUGGACAUACAUUCAAGAAAAAUUCCUAAACAGAAAACAAACCAGAGCACCCAUGCAGUGUUGAUGUUUUAUUCAAACUACUGACAUCUCUCUUUCUGAGUGUAGCUAUGGCGAUCACGUGAAGUCAAUGUUAGCGCUCUUAACAUUUUACUAUGCAUUUUGAUGGUAUGCACAACAUCCUUGAAUGUUAUUAUAAUAUUUGAUCUUUUUCUGUUGUUUCUUUAUCCAAAGACAUUUUCUUCUGUAAUCUGCAGUAUUAACAAACCUGAUUCCUCAGUCAUUGAGUCAGCAGUUCAGCUCCCUAUCAAGUGUAUGUUCCGAUUAAAUGGAGCAGGUUUGAGAUGUGCCAUAGAUUUGUCACAUGUAUCUAUUAAGCCAUAAGAAAAACACAAUUUUAUUCUUUCUUUGUUCAAUGGAAUAACUUGUAAUGGCUUCAUUUUUCUUCUCACCAUUCUUUGGGGAUUGAUGGUCAUGACUGCACAUUAGAAAGUGAUCGUAUUUCAUUCAGACUCUGGUUUAGGAAACCAUAUGAGGAACGCCACCAGUCUCUACACCAUCUUCAAUUAGGCACUAGUGCUGUGGACUACUAGAAUAAUUAGGAAACUAAGUUCCCCUUUGCCGUUAAUUUGAAAUGCAUCUUGGUAGUAAUCCAAUUCAGUUUUCAUCCUGCAAGUUGUUUAGCAUACAAGUUUUUUGUUUCUCUCGUCAAGGUAGUGGGGUGAAUGGGACUGGAGAAGAAUGGGGCCAGAAGGGAAAUAAUCAAUACGUACCCGGAUUAUAGUAUUGCUUCAUAAGUUGAAUAGAAGUUCCUUUCUUUCCCCUUGGCAGUUCCAGGUCUGCACGUUAUACUGGCUGGUUCCAGAGUGAAGACAGCAACUUAAUACACAACUGCCACUUAUUGUGAUUUCCUAAUGUUAUCCCCCUAGGAAGAGGCCAGUGCCUCCAAUAAUCCCCAUACAUUGUCACAUGGGUAUUUAGAAUGCAUCCUCUCAGCAUUUUUAUGCAUUUUGUGUUAACCAUAUUUUACUAAUUUGACUUCCUAAUAUCAGUCUGGUCAAAUAAAGAGUGAAGCAGCCAGAGAAGUGAUACAGACUCUGGUGUGCAUCCUAAUGGCGUAUUUCUGUCGGUGCUACAAUCAUAGUUAUCCACAUGUUGAGAUAUAUUAACACUUCUCACUCACUUUUCACACCUGAUCCCUGUUGUGGGUGACACAAUGGCUUUGUACUUUGCUGUUCAUUUCUAUUAGAGUUGCAGAUAGGAUUACUGCAGGUGAUGAAAUGAACAGUAAGCAUCAAAAACUGUGCAGCAGUGAAGGGAAAAUCUGGAUGCAGCAAUUAGAGCUGAGACUUCAAAAUAGAUUGACAUUUUGUCAAUUUUUUAAAUACGGAAAUGGGAACAUUUGGCACCAAGGCUCACCUGUCACCAGUCCUUCAACAAAAACAUUCACUCACAUAACUAUUCAGACCUAACCAUCCUACUAGCUGGGACCUGCAUGUUCCAUGUGCUGUAUUAACCCACUAAAGAUAUCUGAAGGAUAAACAGUAUUUUUUUGUUUAAGGAAGUAUUUUUUUUGUUAUAUUAACUUUUUGACACCAAGAGCGAAGGCCUUGCAAUGUAGAUUGUUAUGUUAAAAAAACAAAGCAGCAGUCCAUUUGGAGGUUAUUCAGUGACUUGGUAAGUAAGGAUAUGACUGAACUAUUUUUAAAAAAAGCAAUUGGAACCUGAUUUUUUAAAAAACAUAUAUACUUUUAAUUUUGAUGGAAGUAAACCCUCAUACUCUGAUUUCUUUUUGACAUUUCAGUCUGUGUGAAUGUUAUUAAAUGAUUAUACAACAUCAGAGAUAUUGGAAGCCCACUAUUGUCCAAUUGCCAAAAUGAUUCCUCUCUCAUAGGUCACCAUGAAUAGGACUGAUUGCACAGUUGUCAAGUGCAGCUCAUGGCACUGAUUCAGAAACUUGGAUUUGAAUCUAUUUCAUUUUUGUUUCGCGCUCACUCCCUGGACACCUGACGCAGCCACUUCUCUUGCAGACUUACGUUACAAGAGAGCACGAGCCUGAUUUGGCAUUCAAUGUUCUGUCUCUGCUAUAUGGAAAGUGAAAGUUUCUGUAGUCCGAGAGGACCGCUCUCUCUCAUUAGAGAGAACGAUGAAUGGUAGUAGGCAUAACCUGAUGGUUCCACCAUGACAAGAUCAGAUUAUGUGUCAAAUGUUAAAAAUCACAUAACACCAGGUUAUAGUCCAACAGGUUU